UGCCUGUUAUAAUAAAAAAAAUGUAUCACAAUGACUUUGAAAGGGGAAAAGCCGAAAGAGGAAAUAACCAAAGAAUACCAGGUAAUUGGUAAUUGCAGUUGCCAGUGUCGUUGCAAGCUGCCGGCAAAAAGUGUUUUACUCUUGACAGUUUUCUGCCGAACUCCAUCCGGACAACACUGGGUUUUUUUUGGAGCUCCGCAAAUCAACGAUUUUUCUUGUGCCAUGCCCCUUCCCGCUGCCUUGCUGUGCCUCGUAGGCCUAUUACAGCACCUAGGCCUAGUCCAGGGGAACUCGAGCGGCGCCCCUGAAUCCGCCUGUGCCUGGAUGUCCCCCUGGCACGAGCCCUACACGGAGCCUCAGGCAGGCCCUUCGCCCUACUCCUUCAGGCUGUAUGAGAAGGAGCUGAUGGCGGGAGGGCUGGUGGCGGUCUGCCUGGUGGGAAACGAGCCUUUUUCAGGAUUCAUGAUUCAGGCGCAUGACGGAGCGGGCGCUGUCAUGGGGACUUGGCCAGGCAGUCAGCUGACCUCUGCCGCUCAGCCGAUGUCAUGCGAGAAUCAGAAUGACACGGUGACCCACGUGAGCAGUGCCAUGAAGCAAGUGGUGCCUCUUAAGUGGCAGUCUCCCGCUGACUACGCUGGUGACGUCGUUUUCAAGGCCGCUGUUGUGAAGGAUUACACUACCUUCUGGACAGAUGUUACUUCAGAAACUUUUACACUCCGGGUCCCUUAAAAAGAGACAUCCACAGCAUCUUUGAUAAACUUUUUUGUAUUUUUUUCUUUGAAGAUUUUUUUCUUUGUAAAAAAAUAGGAGAGAAGUAAUUAGUUGAAUAGUAAAAAAAAAAGUACAAUUCUUAUUAUUUCUCUUUUUAGUUUAAGUACGUAGGAAGUUCUCUUCAGUCUUCAGCCAUUUUUUUUUUUCUCUCAUAUUGUUCUUU